UGUUUUUUUUUAGGUUUGAUAAGUUAGAUCUAAAAUGGCUGAUCCAAAAUAUGCCAAUCUGCCAGGGAUUGAUACUGAAAGUAAAGAUGUCUAUGAGAGUGGAGACUUACCUGAGGAUGACCAACAUACUGUUGUGGAGGAAUUAAACAGCACGAGUGUGGAAGUUAUAGGUUCCGACACACAAUCUGCAUUUAAUUUGUUUAGUGGAAAAUAUGUGGCACCGAUUGGAGACUUUUCUGGGUACAACGCUAAGAGCAGUGCAGUAAAUGAGGAGGAGACGGUUUUGCAAAAGUUCAACAGGUUGAAGAUUGAAGUUCAAAGUCUUUUGGAUGAAGUGGAAAACGUGAAAGAAUCUAAAGCAGACCCUGCAUCAGCAGCUAAAUUGGUCAGCCAAGUUCAGUCGAUGCAAAUGAAACUAUCGCAAAGUGAUGUGGACUCCACUACUGGGAGCAAUGUGGAGAAAGUCAGUGAUGUUGAAAAGCUCCUUUCUUCUUUAAAAACAUCUUCUAAAAGUAAAACCUCGGAUUCCAAAGCUGCUGAUGGAUCAUAUCAGCUAUUUCUAAAACCUGAAGCAGAAAAGAAAAAAUCCCUUCAGUUUUCGGCCUUGGAGCAAAGAUUGGCUCGUUUGGAAAAAGUUUUGUGAUCGGAAACAGAUGACAUUAAUGUAUUGGCUGCGCAUUCAAAGCAUGAGACACUUCAGUCUGCUGCACAAAUGAUGGAAGCAAAGUUAUCUCUUCUUGAUCCUGAGCAAUUGCCAUUGGUUGACUCAAGAUUGCAAGCUAUUCUCAGCAAAGUCAAUGAGAUUAACAAAGCACAUAAAGCUGCUGGUGACCAAACAAGUGAGGUUAACUCAAAAAUAACAGAGUUAUAUGAUCUGAUGCAAAAAUCUGAAGGGGUACGAAGUGCUCUGCCCCACUUGAUUGAGAGACUAAAAGCACUUGACGAGUUACAUGCAAAAUCAAGUAGCUUUGUGUCAGUUCUUGACCAUUUGGAGUCCACACAGGCACAAAUAAAUGGACGACUAGAUACCACCAGUGCAAGUCAGAAGAAACUGCAAGAAAUGUUGCAGAAAAACAUGGAGACAAUUAAAGUUAAUGUAACCCAGCUGAAUAAAAGAAUCGCAGACCUACAAAAAUAACUUGAUAUGAUUUAUAAGCAGUGUUAGUAUGUAAUAAGUUUAACUGUUGAACAAAAUAACUAGCGUUAAUGUUUCUCUUAGCAAUUUAUUGGACUUGUUGAAUGUUUGAGAGAAGUAAUUAUGUGGCUUCCUUUUGUCAUGUUUGUUAUGCUUACCUAUGUAGUAAAAUACAAAGUAUCUAUGUUUCGCAUGCAUAACUAUAAUUGUUGUAUUACGUUGUAG